AUGCCCGAACACUCUAGGAACAGGGGGGUAUGGCUCGGGGUCCAAAAUGGAUUUUUAAGCCUAGCUGACAUCACCGAACCCACGGUGGGUAAUGAUGGCAAAGGCGACCGAGUCCGUCUCCCCACAGUAUCUGCGGCCUCUUGCGGCAUCGCUGGAUACCUGGGUCGAUUCGACGCGGUGGCGUCACGACGCUCCAGUUCUAGCGUGCUGCAUGCCGCCCGUUCUGCCACGAUGCACGAAUGUGGGUACGCACAUCCCCUUCCACAGCCCUCACUAAACCGCUUGGUCGCCUCGCAAGUCUCUUGUCAUUUGAUGCCCUUUUUGCAGAUCACGGAAAGAGCCGAUCAAAACCGGGUCAAUUCGGCGCACUUCCGCGAAGGGUCCGUGACACAUUAG